AUGGCCGCCCAGUCGACUCUCCGGCGCCCGGAGGACCCCCUCUUGACGCUUUACCGACACUAUACCGAUCUCCUUCGUUCCCGUUUUCGUCGCAGCACUCGGACCACUCGUCUCAUUGCCACUGUCGCUCUCCUUUUCUCUAUCGUCGCUUCCGGCUAUGGAGGUUAUACGUGGUUACGGCAGCGCGCACAGGAACGCGCGCAAGGCCGCCGUCUCCUUCGCCGGAACUCGGGUAUCCGGGGCAAGGAUGGCUCUCGUACCAUCUAUGUCUCGUACAAGGGCUCGCGCACUUCGAAGGUCCUGAUCUACCCCACGAAGCCGACCACCUUCGAUGCCCACCGGCGACUCUUUCUAAACCCCCCGGCGUCGGCCCGAAGCAUCGAAGAAGGCUCGGCAAGCCAAAUCCCCCCUCCGACGACGAAACCGGGGUUGAAUUUAGCGUUCUUGCAUCAGUUCCUCAGUUUGGGUAGCAUCAUGGUGCCUCGGUGGGGAAGCAAAGAGACUGGACUGCUCAUGAGCCACGGCGUGUUUCUUCUGCUCCGAACCUAUCUGUCGCUUUUGAUUGCGCGACUAGAUGGUGAAAUCGUGCGAGAUCUAGUCGCUGGCAAGGGCAAAGCGUUUCUGUGGGGAAUCGUCAAGUGGUGUGGGAUUGGCACACUUGCAUCGUAUACGAAUGCGAUGAUUAAAUUCCUUCAGUCCAAGGUUUCGAUCGCUUUCCGAACUCGUUUGACCCGAUACAUCCAUGACCUUUACCUGACGGGCAAUGAUAAUUACUACAAAUUGAUGAACUUGGACGGGGGAUUGGUCAAGGCCCGGAUCAGGAAACCCAUGGUGGACCUCUUUGUGUUCAACUACCAGCUGUACCGCUCUCUUGGUCCAUUAGCACUGAGCGGAAUCCUUGCGGGAUACUUCAGUACAGCGGUGGUUCUGCGUAAGCUGUCGCCGCCUUUCGGAAAGCUAAAGGCUGUUGAGGGCAAGAAAGAAGGCGACUUCCGCGGGUUGCACUCAAGGCUUCUAGCCAACGCUGAGGAGAUUUCUUUCUACGGCGGUGCCGACAUUGAGCGAGUGUUCUUGGUCCGAAGCUUCAAGGACUUGCAGCGGUGGAUGGAAGGCAUCUACAGUCUGAAGAUCCGUUAUAACAUGCUUGAGGACAUCAUUCUGAAGUAUGCGUGGUCUGCCUUUGGCUAUUUGGUUACAUCUCUGCCCGUCUUCCUCCCCGCUUGGGGUGGGACGGGCGGUGCGUCAGAGCUGGUCGAUGUACCAGAGGGAACGGGCCGUGAACGUGGCAGAAUGAAGGACUUCAUCACCAACAAACGCCUCAUGCUAUCGCUCGCUGACGCCGGUGGCCGUAUGAUGUACAGCAUCAAGGACAUCUCUGAGCUUGCAGGCUACACCUCCCGAGUAUACACCUUGAUCUCGACUCUGCACCGUGUGCACGCCAGUGCGUACUACCCCCCGCCGGGCUCGCGCCCAGAGCUCUACUCUCUUGCCGAUGCUCAGGGCACCAUCCACAACGGCUUUGACGGUGUGCGGUUGGAACAAGUCCCCAUUGUAGCGCCAGCUCUUCACCCCAUGGGCGGCGACGAGUUAAUCGACUCACUCUCUUUCAUUGUUCACUCCGGCGAUCAUUUGCUGAUCUCCGGACCGAAUGGCGUAGGCAAGUCCGCCAUCCCCCGCAUUGUGGCCGGGCUGUGGCCAGUCUACCGCGGGCUGGUCAGCAAGCCUCGAUCCUUCGGGCUGGACGGUAUCAUGUUCCUCCCCCAGCGACCGUAUCUCAGCGUCGGCACACUCCGCGACCAGGUCACCUAUCCGCACACUGAGAUCGACAUGCGCGAGGCUGGCGAGUCCGACGCCACAUGGAAGGAUGUGUUGAGCGGUGGCGAGAAACAGCGAAUGGCGUUUGCUCGGCUAUACUACCACGAGCCCCGAUACGCCUUCCUCGAUGAGGCGACCUCGGCCGUCUCGUCGGAUGUUGAAGGUCUCCUGUACGAGCGGGCCAAGGAGCGCGGCAUCACCCUGAUCACCAUCUCCACCCGCGCAUCUUUGAAGAAGUACCAUACUUUCAAUCUGACGCUCGGCCUCGGAGAACAAGGCGAGCAGUGGGAAUUUGAGCGGAUUGGCACCGAGAAAGAGAAGCUUGGCGUGGAGAAGGAGCUGCAGGAGCUGCGCAAGCGCCUCGAUCACGUUGACGAGUGGAAAAAACGCCGUGAGGAUAUUGAGAACGAGCUGCGCAAGGUCUGGACAAGUGAAGGGGAAAUCGCUCCUCCCCCUUAUGUGGAGGAGAUGACUCCUGCUGCUGAAGAGACUCCGGCGACCGUGCCCGAAGAAGGUACCGCCAACUAA